UAUACGUAAAAAAAUGAACAUCUCGUUAGGUUUAGUUUCUUGUCAUCUAUCAUAUCUAGAAGACAGAACCAUGUGAAACUUUGUUUGUGUAUGUUCAUCAUCAAUCUAUUUAUACAUCCGGAGACAAAACCAAGUAUUCAAAUCACCAAGUAGUAAAUAAAGCAAAUCCAAACCAGAAUCUGAGCAUCUAUAACAUUUUUUCAGAAGCUUCAAAUUUUAGUUUUCCAGACACGAGAAAUGGCUUUGUUCAGAGGUCUCUUGGGUGCAAAGAAGAUCAUUGGCGUUUCUGUAGCGGUUACAAGCAAACAGACCGUUUCAGCGCCAAAGGGGUUUCUUGCAGUGUACGUUGGUGAAGACCAGCUCCAGAAGAAGAGAUUUUUGGUGCCAAUAUCAAAUCUAAACCAGCCUUCGUUUCAAGCUCUUCUCAGCAAAUCCGAAGAAGAGUUUGGGUUUGAUCAUCCAAUGGGUGGCUUGACCAUCCCUUGUCUUGAAGAUACCUUUAUUAGUGUGACGUCAAGGUUUCAAUGAUGAUGUUCCAAAAGAAGAAGAAACUAACGUUAGUUAGAGAUAUAAUCAUCCAAUGUAAAUAUGUUAACGUUUUACAAUGUGAAAGAGUUAAAUGAUAUGAACAGUUUCAGAAUGCUUUUU